AUGGUGCCGGGGCGGCCGCCGCCGGGGCUGCCGGGGCUGGGGCUGCUGGUGGGGCUGGUCCUGGCGAGCCGCUGCGCGGGGGCGUCGGGGAGCCUGGGGUCCCUGGUGCACUGCGAGCCCUGCGACGAGAAGGCGCUGUCCAUGUGCCCCCCGAGCCCCCUGGGCUGCGAGCUGGUGAAGGAGCCCGGCUGCGGCUGCUGCACCACGUGCGCGCUGGGCCAGGGGCUGCCCUGCGGCGUCUACACGGAGCGUUGCGCGCAGGGUCUGCGCUGCCUGCCCCGCCGCGACGAGGAGAAGCCGCUGCACGCCCUGCUGCACGGCCGCGGCGUCUGCCUCAACGAGAAGGCCCAUCGCGAGCAGCCCAGGACCGCGGAACGGGAAUCCCGGGAGCACGAGGAGCCCACUACAUCUGAGAUGGCGGAGGAGAUGUUCCCGCCGAAGGUUUUCCGCCCCAAGCACUCACGGCUGUCGGAGCUGAAGGCCGAGGCGGUGAAGAAGGACCGCAGGAAGAAGCUGACCCUGUCUAAAUUCGUGGGCGGUGCCGAGAACACCGCCCACCCCCGGGUCAUCUCCGGUCCCGACCUGCGGCAGGAGUCUGAGCUGGGCCCGUGCCGUAGGCAGAUGGAGGCGUCACUACAGGAGAUGAAGGCCAGCCCACGCAUGGUCCCCAGGGCCGUCCACCUACCCAACUGCGACCGCAAGGGCUUCUACAAGCGCAAACAGUGCAAACCCUCACGGGGUCGGAAACGUGGCAUCUGCUGGUGUGUAGACAAGUAUGGGCUGAAGCUGCCGGGCAGCGAAUACGUGGCCGGAGACUUCCAGUGUCACCCCUUCGACAGCAGCAACGUUGAGUGACAGCGGCCGGCUGCCCCUCCUCCUCCUCCUCCCGCCCCCCCCCCCCAACCCACCCCCUCGGCACCGCGAUUUCCGCCUGCUCGUUUCAUCUCAUUUUAAGGAAGAAGAAGAAAAAAGAGAAUUUUUUUUUUUGAAGAAACUGAGGACCUCGGAAUCUUUAGCAAGUUCUCGACUUUAUUGAUUUUUUUUUUUUUCCAAAGCAACGACGACGGAGACAAGGGACCACGCGGACACGAAACCCGCUUUGUGGGGACGAGGGUGGACCCGGGGAGGGAGCCAGCGGACGUUUCGAGGGGCAGGUGCGGAAAACCAGGCGCGGGCCUCCUGGGGGUCAAGAAGCCUCCGGCCAGCGGCCACCCCAGGGGGGGCUCUCUCUCAGACCCCCCAAUUAGGGAGCCAUGGGCCCCAGGCCGGCCUGCGAGGAGGGGGGUCCGGGCCUUCGGACGGGUUCUCCGGGGCUUGGUUGCGGGGAAGAUGAGGUCAGCCUCUCCACCAUCCGCCUCUGCAGGUUUCUCUCCUGAGAUGCAUUCCAUUCCUUGUUUUCCUUCUCUCUCCUUCCACUGACUCUGAGCAGAGGGUUGUAUGGACAGGUGUACGUUGUAUACAUGCCCACUGGCUAUAUUCACGCAUGUAUACAGGACUCAUAGCUGUCAGCGUGUGCUUGUGCGCACAGUGUCGACCCUCUCGGCAACCCUUCCCAGCCCCAGCCGAGCCCCAGGGCGCGAUAGGUCGGUGUGCUCACCCAAAUGCUUAGUACAGUGCUCUGCACACAGUAAGCGCUCAACAAAUACCAUUCAUGGAUGGAUUGAUUGGGCCCCAUCGGGACUGGUCUAGCCGACUUUCAGGCUUUCCCACAAAGCCGGAUAUAUUAGUACAGUGCUAAGCGCUUAGUACAGUGCUCUGAACACAGUAAGCGCUCAAUAAAUGCGAUUGAAUGAGUGA